GGACCUGCAAUGAAGAGGCAAAACGUCAGAACGUUGUCUCUUGUCGUGUGCACAUUCACAUAUUUAUUAAUCGGUGCUGCCGUUUUUGAUGCACUGGAAUCUGACACGGAACGUAAACGCUGGGAAUUUCUUUCUGAGGUCAAACGAAACAUGAUGAGAAAGUAUAAUAUUUCCGAGGAGGAUUACAGAAUGGUUGAAAUCGUAAUAAUCGAAAACAAGCCUCACAAAGCUGGACCACAGUGGAAAUUUGCCGGUGCAUUUUAUUUUGCGACUGUCGUACUCGCGAUGAUAGGAUAUGGACAUUCGACUCCGGUGACCGUAUUGGGAAAAGCAUUUUGCAUGCUUUAUGCAAUGGUUGGGAUCCCACUGGGUCUUGUUAUGUUCCAAAGUAUCGGUGAACGUUUGAACAAAGUAGCAUCGGUUGUGAUAAGACGUGCAAAAAAAUAUUUAAAGUGUCACAGGACCGAGGCUACGGAGAUGAAUCUUAUGCUCGCGACUGGAAUGUUAUCGAGCAUUAUAAUCACAACCGGUGCUGCAGUAUUUUCACGUUACGAAGGUUGGAGCUAUUUCGAUAGUUUUUAUUACUGUUUCGUUACGCUCACCACCAUAGGAUUCGGCGACUACGUCGCUCUGCAGAAUGAUCAAGCACUCUCGACCAAGCCGGGAUACGUUGCCCUCAGCUUGGUUUUCAUCCUUUUUGGCCUAGCUGUCGUUGCCGCAAGUAUUAACUUACUCGUACUCCGCUUCAUGACGAUGAACGCGGAGGAAGUGAGGCGAGAUGACAACGAAUUACAAUCGGCCUCCCACCACGUACUGACGUUAGACGGCGAAGUUGUUGCUGUAAACGGAAAAAUCCUCGCGGGUCAUGUGCCCAUGUUGCACGAGACGGACGACUGCGUGAGCGUUUGUUCUUGCACGUGUCUCGGUACGGCGAAUUCGGAGUUGCUGCGAGAAUCCGGUGGAUACCAGGGCUACCGACCACCCUCGAUCACGGCGAGCCUUCGGGUGAAAAGAGCGUCCGUCUGAUGGAAGGAGUUUCGUCGCCGUAGUCAACUUCGUCGGUCUUCGAGAACUGACAGCAUGAGUCGUGAAUUAUUUGGCAUUGGCCUUCACUAAGAAGGAUCAUCUCUAAAUCAUUCGCUCGUAUGUUUACAAGCCUCGGUCCCGCUGUUGUACAAUACUUCAAAUUUAUAAUUAUCCUUAACAUCCUUAGAAACAGGUACACUUUUUAAAAGACCAUUAUUUUUUUACACUAUUUUUUAUUUGAAUACGAAAGAAUCACGUACUACGACGACGGCACCUCCAUAUUUCUCGAUAAAUAUCUAUAUUUCAAUAUACAAUAUACAUACGUACGAAUCCAAUGAAAUAAUCGUGUUACAGAAGAUGAAAAAUUUGACAUUUUGUACUAAAAUGUUCACUCGCAUGCGAAGAGGUGUUCAGCGUAUUUUCAGGAGUCCAUAGAAAUCGAAUUUCUUAAAAAAAAAAACAUCCCUGGAGUCAUGAGCAAUUUUGCAAAUUAAUACGAGCAAAACUAAUUUGAAAUGAGUGUUUGACGUUGCCAAUUUUGAACGAAUAGUCUAGAUUUUUUUUCAAGUCCUGUUCCGUGAAUAGGAUGAAUUGAAAAAUUGUACGAUGAUCGAAUUGGUGUUCCAUAAGAAAUUUUAACGUUUGCACGUGCGAACUGAAAAUACUCGACAUGGCAAAGUAUGUAAUGUGUGUCAAAUUUAGUACUGUACGUGAAAGGAAAAUAGAGUGAUAAAAAUUGUUUCUUUUUUCAUAAAAACAAAAAUUUGUACAUAUGCAUGAAUUAAUUUUUAAAAAAUAGUCACUAUACUUUUUAUACAAUAUAAAAAAAUGUUUAAAAUAAAUGACAAUGUGUUAUAUUUA